UGACUGCAAGAAAAUCAGGAAGUGACUUUUAAGGAAGCCGUGGAAAGUGAGAAAUCAGUGUUAAAAAGACAUGGAGAUGAGUUUAGUGCUGCUGUGUGUGUUGCUGGGAGCCAGUGUGACACCUGUGUCUGCUGCAGCACAGCCAGGUAUCAUAGAGAGCCUCCUCCUGGCCACUCAGCAGCGUCCCUGGCUCUGGGGUCUCUACGUCUUCACCGUGGGACUUCCUGUCAUCCUCUUCAUCAGCUUCAUGUGGCCUGACAAGCGGUUCGGACCUCCUGACCAACAGUAUUACUAUAAGAAGUGUGAUGAUCAUCCAGAGUUCUCACAGCGAACACAGGCAGCAGAUAGCAAAGGAACGGCUGACAGAGCUGGGACGAGGAGGAGAGACGCUCAUAGUCACCAGAGGAAGAGUGACUAACAGCUGAAGG